GCCUGGGCAUUUACAAGUGAACGUCAGUGGGAAAAUGGGAACGAAGUUCAUAGAAAGUUGCCAUCUAAGUCUAGGAUUACCAAUCAUUUGUUUACGUCAGCAGCACGCGUCGGUUCUUAAUUCCUGUAUUGCACAAUGUGACCUCGAACUUUUUAAGCUAGGAGAUGACUAAGGUGAAAGUUGCCUCAGUCCUUGAAGUAACAUUGUAGUUUCCCAAUCAGAGAAGAGAAAUUUUAGAAAUUUUCAACAUAGUUCAAUUACAACACGACAAUGAAGCAGGUGGAAAACAAAAAUGUGAUUUUCAUCGCGAAAAGUUUUGCGGCCGGAGGAAUGGCCGGAAUGGUGGCAAAGUCCUCGGUAGCGCCAUUAGAUCGGGUUAAGAUCCUACUCCAGGCGCAUAAUCCGCAUCACGCAAUGAACGGCGUGCUACGCGCAUUACGACACAUCGUCGAAAAGGAAUCGUUACUCGCGCUUUACAAGGGAAAUGGUGCCCAAAUGGUUCGUAUCUUUCCUUAUGCUGCUACUCAAUUUACGUCCUUUGAAGUGUAUAAGAGAUAUUUGGCACGAUUUUUUGGCCCGAAUUCUCACAUAGAUAAGUUUAUUGCGGGUGCCGGUGCUGGAGUCACCGCUGUUGCACUUACGUAUCCUCUUGACACGAUUCGGGCACGUCUAGCUUUCCAGAUCACUGGCGAGCACGUCUAUACCGGAAUCGUCCAUGCCGCUUCUACCAUCAUCAAGGACGAAGGUGGAUUGAGAGCGUUGUAUCGAGGUUUUACACCAACUCUUAUGGGUAUGGUCCCGUACGCCGGUACAUCGUUUUACAUGUUCGAGUACCUGAAAUACGGCUGCAUGAAGUACCUACCCGACCUGACGUGCAAUAAGUGCAAGCAGAAUACAGGCGGAUUAGUAUUAACCGUGCCCGUCAAGCUGGUAUGCGGUGGGCUUGCCGGCGCGAUCGCCCAAAGUAUUAGCUAUCCGAUGGAGGUGACUCGAAGGCGUAUGCAGCUGGCGCUCAUGAAUCCCGAGACGAGCCAUUACGCCAAAGGGAUGUUCUCGACAUUGGGGUACAUCUAUCGCGAUCACGGCAUAAUAAAGGGUCUAUAUCGGGGAAUGUCGAUUAAUUAUUUGAGAGCAACGCCCAUGACCGCCAUCUCUUUUUCUACGUACGAAUUAGUGAAACAGAUUCUCAGUUUGGACACGGGCUUGCAGAUUCGAACGGGUAGCUAGUUACAGCUUUAAAUUAGUUCAUAAUUAAUGGACCUGAAGUGGGCGGGACUAUUGCACCAGAAAGGAAUCUAUUUUUGACAUUUAUAUAUUUUUUUAUGAAAUCUGUACCUGUUAUAGUAAAUCUUAUUUAUUUAUUCCAUUAAAGUUGUUGGAGAGUCGGUCAAU